UUUUUCCUUCUUCUUUGUCAGCUUCUCUGAAUUUAUUUCCCCAAUUUUUCGGAUGAUUGUAUUUUUAGGGUUAGGGUUUUAAAUUUUAAUUCCACCAAAAAAAAGAAAUUUAAAAUUUUGUGCAGUGGUGAAUAAAUCACCUACCCCCAUCCCAUUCUCUCUCUAAAAAUUCAACAUUUUUGUUCUCUCUCUAAAAGUCAUGAUAACAGGUGCAGCGACGUCUUCUCUCUCAUCCUCCUCCAUUUCAUCACUGAGAGCGGUACGACAUCGUUUCGCCUCCACACUUUCUCUCUCCCCCUCUACAAACUCAUCCUAUUCUCCCACCUCUAGAAUCUUUUCCGCCGCCCGAUCUCAGCCGAUUUCCGGCUACCGAUUCUCUCCAGGUUUCCGAUCGAUUUGUUCUUCGUCUUCGCGGUGGAGUCACGGUGUUGACUGGCGAUCUCCGGUUAGUCUUCGGGCUCAGAUUGCUACAGCUACUCCUACUCCUCUUGAACGAUUUCAACGCAGGAUCGCAACUAUGGCUUCCGAGCAUCCUUACAAGGGAAUCUUCACCAGUCUACCCAAGCCUGGUGGCGGUGAAUUCGGAAAGUUUUACAGUCUACCAGCUCUGAAUGAUCCAAGGGUUGAGAAGUUGCCUUAUUCCAUUCGGAUCCUCUUGGAGUCGGCCAUUCGGAACUGUGAUGGCUUCCAAGUCACAAAGAACGAUGUCGAGAAAAUCAUUGACUGGGAAAACUCAGCACCUAAGCUAGUUGAAAUCCCCUUUAAGCCCGCUCGUGUCCUUUUACAGGAUUUCACUGGAGUGCCAGCUGUUGUUGAUUUGGCUGCAAUGAGGGAUGCCAUGAAAAACCUCAACAGUGACCCUAACAAGAUUAAUCCAUUGGUUCCUGUGGACCUUGUCAUUGAUCAUUCAGUUCAAGUUGAUGUAGCAAGGUCUGAGAACGCAGUUCAGGCAAACAUGGAACUUGAGUUUAAGCGGAAUGGAGAGAGAUUCGGUUUCCUUAAAUGGGGAUCAACUGCUUUCCGUAACAUGCUUGUUGUUCCACCUGGUUCUGGUAUUGUGCACCAGGUUAAUUUGGAGUAUCUUGGACGGGUAGUUUUCAACAACGAGGGACUUCUUUAUCCAGAUAGUGUAGUUGGUACUGAUUCACACACAACCAUGAUUGACGGGCUAGGUGUUGCUGGUUGGGGAGUUGGUGGAAUUGAAGCUGAGGCAACUAUGCUUGGUCAGCCCAUGAGCAUGGUUUUACCUGGUGUCGUUGGAUUCAAAAUGACUGGUAAACUACGCGAUGGUGUCACAGCCACAGAUCUGGUAUUGACAGCAACACAAAUGUUGAGGAAACAUGGUGUUGUUGGCAAGUUCGUCGAGUUCCAUGGUCAGGGAGUUGGUCAAUUGUCACUUGCUGACAGGGCUACUAUUGCCAACAUGUCUCCUGAAUAUGGAGCAACCAUGGGUUUCUUCCCUGUGGAUCACGUUACUUUGGAAUAUCUAAAAUUGACUGGAAGAAGUGAUGAGACUGUUACUAUGAUUGAGCAAUAUUUACGGGCUAACAAAAUGUUUGUUGACUACAGUGAGCCACAACAAGAAAGAGUUUAUUCAUCAUAUCUUCAGUUGGAUUUAUCAGAAGUUGAGCCAUGCAUAUCAGGACCUAAACGGCCACAUGACCGCGUUCCCCUGAAGGAAAUGAAGGCUGAUUGGAAUGCAUGUCUAAACAACAAAGUUGGUUUUAAGGGAUUUGCUAUUUCCAAAGACGAGCAGGAAAAAGCUGUUAAGUUUUCAUUUAAUGGCCAGCCUGCUGAAUUGAAACAUGGUAGUGUUGUCAUAGCAGCUAUAACUAGCUGCACAAACACAUCAAACCCAAGUGUUAUGCUUGGCGCUGCUUUGGUCGCAAAGAAAGCUACUGAGCUGGGUUUGGAGGUCAAGCCCUGGGUGAAAACCAGUCUGGCUCCUGGAUCUGGAGUAGUUACAAAAUAUCUUCUAAAGAGUGGGCUGCAGAAGUACUUGGAUCAACAGGGCUUCAGCAUUGUUGGUUAUGGUUGCACAACAUGUAUUGGAAACUCCGGUGAUCUACAUGAAUCUGUUUCUGCAGCUAUUUCUGAGAAUGACAUAGUCGCAGCAGCUGUGCUUUCCGGUAACCGUAAUUUUGAAGGGCGUGUUCACCCUCUGACACGAGCCAACUAUCUUGCUUCUCCUCCAUUGGUUGUUGCUUAUGCAUUGGCUGGAACUGUUAACAUCGACUUCGAUAAAGAGCCUAUUGGUACUGGGAAGGAUGGAAAGAGUGUCUACUUCAGAGACAUUUGGCCCAGCAAUGAUGAGAUAGCUCAGGUUGUGCAAUCAAGUGUAUUGCCGGACAUGUUUAAAAGUACCUAUGAAGCUAUCACGAAGGGGAACCCCAUGUGGAACUCUCUUGAAGUUCCUACUGGCACCCUUUACCAGUGGGAUCCAAACUCGACGUACAUUCAUGAACCCCCGUAUUUCAAGAACAUGAGCUUGAAUCCACCUGGACCUUUUUCAGUCAAGGAUGCCUACUGCCUUCUCAACUUUGGUGACAGUAUCACCACUGACCACAUAUCUCCAGCAGGAAGUAUCCACAAGGACAGUCCUGCUGCCAAGUUUCUCAUGGAACGUGGGGUUGAUCGCAAGGACUUCAAUUCAUAUGGUAGCAGGAGAGGUAAUGAUGAAGUGAUGGCCAGGGGUACUUUUGCCAAUAUUCGUAUUGUGAACAAGCAUUUGAAGGGAGAAGUUGGCCCAAAGACUGUUCAUGUUCCAAGUGGGGAGAAGUUAUAUGUGUUUGAUGCUGCAAUGAAAUACAAGGAAGCUGGUCAUGACACCAUUGUAUUGGCUGGUGCUGAAUAUGGAAGUGGCAGUUCUAGGGAUUGGGCUGCUAAGGGCCCAAUGCUACAGGGUGUUAAAGCUGUGAUUGCCAAAAGUUUUGAGAGAAUCCACAGAAGCAAUCUGGUUGGGAUGGGAGUGAUCCCUCUAUGCUUCAAGGCUGGUGAGGAUGCCGAGACAUUAGGGUUGACUGGUCAUGAGCGAUUCAGCAUUGAACUCCCUUCCAAGGUUAGCGAGAUCAAACCAGGACAAGAUAUAACUGUAACAACCGACAGUGGAAAGUCCUUUGUUUGCACCCUUCGCUUCGACACUGAGGUGGAGCUUGCUUACUUCGAUCAUGGUGGUAUCCUUCCAUACGUCAUCCGCCAAUUGAUGAAGCAACAAUGAUGGACUUUCCUCCAGUAUUUGCAUUGAGGGAGUAUAUGGGAAACAUGGACAAAAGUUGAAUGAAUGUCUUGGAAACCAUAGCUUGUCUACCAGACCGGGAUGAGAAAUAGGAUGUAUGUUUCAAGGCUAGCUUAAAGGAGUCGGGAAUUCAUCAAGGACUUUUACAAUAUUACAGAGCCAUUAAAUUCUCGUUGGCUUUAGAUUGUUGUGAGAUUACAACUGUAACCUCGACCAAUUUGUAUGUACUCCUUCCGUUCCACAUAAACGUUUCUACUUUCUCUUUAUUUCUUUUAUACCAAUGAAAAUUCUCUAUUUCUCCGCA